AUGAGUGAACGUAAGAGCAUAAACAGAUACUAUCCGCCGAAUGUGGAUCCAACAAAGGUGAAGUUCUCUAGCAAAACCAGCAACAAAACCAAAAAUGCGAAACCUAGUGUGAGGUUGAUGGCCCCAUUUUCAAUGAAAUGUUUAAAUUGUAAAGAGUAUAUUGCAGCAUCCAGGAAGUUUAACACACGAAAAGAGACUACUGAUCGAGAUUAUUUGGGUGUCAAAAUUAUUCGGUUUAGUUUACGUUGUCCAAGGUGUUACGCAGAAAUGAUAUUUGAAACAGAUCCUAAAAAUGGAGAUUAUCAGUGCGUCAGUGGAUGUAAAAAAAAUUACGAACGCUCAGCACCAAUCAAAGAGAAAGAAAGCAUAGAUGAGAUGAUUGUGAGACUAGAGAAGGAAGUGAAGGAAGAUGAGCGGAUGAAAGAGUUGGAACGAAAA